AUGUUACUUAGAAACCUUGAUCCUGUUAAUAGACUCUGUAACGAGACAAGGCUUAUAUGUAGGGAAUUUCAAAUACAAACAAUCAAUACAGAAAUAGCAACAGGUGAUUAUCAAGGAAAAUGUGUAUUCAUUUCUAGAAUCUCUCUUCUAUCAUCUGAAGAUAUAGGAUUGCCAUUUGUAUUAAAAAGAAAACAAUUUCCUCCAGUUUUCUCUCAUGGCCAGUUAUAUGUCACUAUGUCAAGGGUGUGUAAAAAAAGUAAUUUAAAGGUAUUGGUUAAGAAUGGUUCAAUCAAAG